AUGGAUGGGGGCAACAGCCUCAACAUCCUCUACGUCGACACCUUGGAAGCCAUGGGAAUCCCACGAGCCUGCUUGCGGGAAUCCCUCUUCCCCUUCUACGGCAUCUUGCCGGGCAUGAAGGCAUACCUGGUCGGCAACAUUGACGUACCGAUCACAUUUGGCUGCAAAUCCAACUUCCGCACCGAGACCCUCACGUUCGAGGUGGUGGACUGGAAGGGGCUCAAGCUGCCGGGCCCGAACCGUGUCAUCACCGUGAGCGGCUCCUUCGAACAAGCCUACGUGAACAACCGCGAGUACUAUGACCUCGCCACCGCCGUGGCAAACUCGGCUGAGCUUGGCCAGCUUCGUGCCACCACUGCCGAGUGCCGCCCUGACCCUGGCAAGCCUAGCCAGGCAUCGGUCUUCAUCUCAGCCGACGAUACCAAGUCGGUCACGGUCGACGACGCCGACCCAACCAAGACUGUGCGGAUCGGCUCCCAGCUGCCGGCCAAAUAG